AAACAACAAACAAAUUUAGAGUGUAAACGAGAAGAUAGGGCAACAUAUGAGUCCGAUUCAUCACUAAAAUUAAGCAUAGAGUUUGAAGUUGGAAGAGCAUUGGUAUUACGACCCAAUCAGAUUGUGAGAGGAGCAAUUAUAUUAAAGGUUUCCGAAACUGAUAGAACCAUAUGGGCAUCUACCAUUAAAGUCAAAUUUCGAGCGGAUGAAACUGCUACAUCUCAUCUAAUGUCAUGCACUGCAAGAACCACAUACUUUGAAUGUAGCAGUACAGUUUGGAGUGGUAACCUUGGGGGUAGAGUUAAUGAUUAUUGUCCCUGGAAAGAGCUUACUCCAGGAGCGUAUCGGUUUAAUUUUGCACUAAAACCUGUGAUUGAAGGUGCUGGUGGAACACUCAUUGAAGGACCCGAAGUUGUUACACCUUUCAUUCCGAUCUAUUUUGCACCACCUGAUCAAGUAUGGACCUAUAAAGAGACCUUACGUAAUGAAGAUAAAAUUUUGAUGCACGUUGAAGCGAUUUUACCAAAGCAUGUGUUUGCACCCGGUGAAGAAUUUAAUUUCGCUCUUCAUAUUACAAAUCAUUCUGCUGGACGUAUCACGUACACUCAAUGUUCUCUUCGUAAACAUUACGAAGGUCCUCUUGAUAAGGAUAUCAUAUGUGACAAACAUGAACGUUCUCUUGCUUCUACUGAAGGACGUUGUGAUAUACCGGCUAUGCAGCGUCUGCAGACUGGAAAGAUCGAAUUUUCACUUACAAUUCCUAAGAAACACCAUCAUGUGCCUCCAACAUUUACAGGGCGUCAUUUACGAGUGUACUACACUUUGCGAUGCGUUAUUCAAGUAGAAUCUGGUAAAUUUAUUACUAACAUGCAAUUCUAUGAAGUUACCAUUCCUAUUUCUGUGGCAUCAUUCCCACAUUUGAAAGGACUAGUCAACUCUUUCCCUCCAUAUUCUGAAUCUCGUGUCAAACCGUACUUUUUUGAUCCUAAAGAAGAUUUUCCCCCCGAUCAUACUGAAAGCAUUAAAUCACCUUAUUCCGUUUUGAUGUCACAGUUUGACGCAUUUUGUGAAGGAUUUGAUCUAGAUCCAUACUCUUAUUAUUAUAGUGAUAAUACCUCUAGUAAUAAUG